AUGGAACAGACCUACGCCACCGAGCUGCAGGACGCGGAGCUGUACGACUUCCUGGUCAAUGCGCCCAAGAAGUUCAGGGAGAACGAGCGGAUCAAGAAGUUCCAGAUGAAGAACGGCGACUUCAUCCACUGCGUGCUAUGGAACUUCCACUUCUACAUCUCUGGAACUGACAUCGUGAAGAUCCUGAUCUACCGGUUUCAGAUGGAGGGAAGGCAGAUCAACAACCUGAAGAAGUUCGAGGAGGGCAUCUUCAGCGACCUGAGGAACCUGAAGCCUGGAAUUGAUGCGACCCUGGAGGGGCCAAGAAGCGAGUUUCUUGAAUUCAUGUACAAGAACGGGUGCAUUAGGACGCAGAAGAAGCAGAAGGUGUUCUACUGGUACUCGGCACCACAUGACGCCCUCUUCUGCGACGCAAUGGAGAGGGACAUGAGGAGAGAGACCUUCUUCGUGGCCUCGAAGCCGUAUUCGACUGGGAUAUUCAGCAACACGAAGACGAACAGGAACGUGAUCAAGCAGCGGGCGAGCAAGGCGCCGCUGGAGGCGAGGGCGCCCCUUUUUGGUGGAUUUGGAGAGGACCUCUUUUUCAAGCAGAACAGCGGGGAUCUCCUGAGCAAGACGCUCUUCAGCCAGGACGAUGUUCAGAAUGCGAACAUCAUCAAAAAGAAGAAAAGGAGCAUUCUGGAUGAAAUUGUAAAUUACAGCAGAAAGGGAAGAAAGGAGGCGUAUUCAGACGAGACAGGGGGAGAGCGACUGCUAUUUGGGUCUGAGGGAGGACGAAGUGGGGAGGCACUUUCUGAGGGAAAUGGAUCGAGGCUGAGUGAGCUGGACAGUCUGAUUCGCAGUGCUGACCUGCGACUGAAGGAGGCUGCCUCUGAGGAGCGAGGCCUGAACAUCAACGACCUGCUCUACAAGAGCGACAACAUUUUCAGGCAGGGAAUCCAGUACGGGAAGGAGAGGAAGAAGGAGGAGGAGAGUGGCCACGUGGCCCAGAGUGGCGCAGUCACCUUUAUAUCAGAUGGAGACAAGAAGGAUCUGACAAACAAAGAAGAAUAA